CGGACCGAUUUCGAAAGAAGAAAGAACUUUUUCAAGCAAAAUCCCCUUCGAAGGCGCGCCAAAACACCACCCCGCCGGAGCUCCGCCGCUCGCUGCCGCAGAAGCGCGCCCUCCUCCCUCCCAUGGCGAUCGACUGCCUCGUCCUCGGCGCGGGUCAGGAGGUCGGGAAGAGCUGCGCGGUGGUGACGAUCGGCGGCAAGAGGAUCAUGUUCGACUGCGGCAUGCACAUGGGGUACCUCGACCGCCGCCGCUACCCGGACUUCUCGCGCGUCGCUCCGGACGGCGACUUCACCGGCGCUCUCGAUUGCAUCGUCAUCACUCACUUUCAUCUGGAUCACGUCGGGGCUCUUCCUUACUUCACCGAAGUCUGCGGCUAUCGCGGACCCAUCUACAUGACGUAUCCUACUAAGGCAUUGGCUCCCUUGAUGCUGGAAGAUUAUCGCAAAGUGAUGGUGGAAAGGAGAGGUGAAGAAGAACAAUUUACUGCAGAGCAUAUUGCGGCCUGCAUGAAGAAAGUGAUAGCUGUGGACCUCAAGCAAACUGUGCAGGUUGACAGCGAGCUCCAAAUUCGUGCGUACUAUGCUGGGCAUGUCAUAGGAGCUGCCAUGUUCUAUGCAAAGGUGGGAGAUUCUGCUUUGGUUUACACAGGAGACUAUAACAUGACACCUGAUAGACAUCUUGGAGCUGCUCAAAUCGACCGACUACAUCUGGACCUUUUAAUCACAGAGUCAACAUAUGCAACGACAGUGCGGGAUUCCAAAUAUACUCGUGAAAGGGAGUUCCUCAUGGCUGUCCAUAAAUGUGUUGCUGGAGGAGGAAAGGUGCUCAUUCCAACAUUUGCCCUUGGAAGAGCUCAGGAACUCUGUAUGUUGCUGGAUGACUACUGGGAGCGUAUGAAUCUGAAUGUUCCUAUAUACUUUUCGGCAGGUCUGACAAUUCAAGCCAACAUGUACUAUAAAAUGCUUAUCAAUUGGACUAGCCAAAAGGUCAAAGAGACAUAUGUAACACGCAAUCCGUUUGACUUCAAAAAUGUUCGCAAUUUUGACCGUUCCAUGAUUAAUUCUCCUGGACCCUGUGUGCUUUUCGCAACACCUGGGAUGAUCAGUGGUGGAUUUUCUCUAGAAGUUUUCAAGAACUGGGCACCUUCUGAAAUCAAUCUUGUUACGCUGCCUGGGUAUUGCGUGGCUGGAACCAUAGGACAUAAAUUGAUGUCUGGGAAACCCACUAAAAUUGACUUGGAUAAGGACACGCAGAUUGAUGUUCGAUGUCAGAUUCAUCAAUUAUCCUUCAGUCCCCACACAGAUGCAAAAGGGAUAAUGGAUCUUGUUAAAUUUCUUUCACCGAAGCAUGUAAUACUCGUGCAUGGGGAGAAGCCUAAAAUGGCUUCUCUGAAGGGGAAAAUCGAGUCUGAAUUAGGAAUUCCAUGUUAUGACCCUGCAAAUAACGAGAAUGUGAGUGUUCCAUCGACUCACUUUGUCAAAGCAUGUGCAUCGGAUGCAUUUGUGCGGAGUUCAUUGAGCCCGAACUUCAAGUUCUCCAGAAGGAUCGGGGAAUAUGGAUUUUCACAUUCAGGAGACACUGAAGUGAGGCCAUAUUUGCAAGUAAGGGAUGAAAGGGUAGCUGAAGGAAUUGUCGUGAUCGAAGGCAACAAAGCAGCUAAAGUUAUCCACCAAGAUGAGCUUCCAAACUUUCUAAGGAAAGAAAGGCAUGAAGUAAAGUUUGCUUACUGUUUCCCUGCACAUUCGAGCAAGAAAAAUGAAGAGCCAGAUCAUAAUUUCACGGACAGUUUACAGUGCUCUUCAAGGCAAUGUUCUUUACUUCGGGCUUUACUCUGCGAACUCUCAAAAGAAUUUCGUCAAGAGGAAAUCCAAGAUUUCAGGGAAUACAUUAAGGUGGAGUCGCUUCAUUACCCGGCCGCCACCAUGUCCGCCUCCUCCUCUUCCGCCGCCAAUUCCUCCUCCGCCGCGGCGGCCGCGGCGGGCUCCGACCAGCAGGCCCCGCUCCUCGCCUCCCGCCAGGGCAGCGGCGCCGACGACGGCGGCUCCGGCUCCUCCGACUCCGGGCCCCGCCCGCCCUCCCUCGCGGUCCUCCUCGGCCGGGCCGCGGGCCGCCGCGGCCCCAUGCUGGUCCGGGAGACGGCGGCGCGGGAGCUCGAGCAGCGGCGCGCCGACUGGGGGUACUCGCGGCCCGUGGUCGCGCUGGACAUCAUGUGGAACACGGCGUUCGUGCUGGUGUCCGUGGUCAUGCUCGUCGUCACCGCGGACGAGCACCCCAACACCCCGAUCCGGCUCUGGAUCUGCGGGUACGCCGCGCAGUGCCUGGUCCACGUGGUCCUCGUGUGGAUUGAGUACCGGCGGCGCAGCGCGCGGAGGGUCCGGGACGAGGAGCGGCAGCAGAACUACAAUUACGUGAACGACAGCGAGGACGAGGAAGCCGGCGUGGACGCGGCUUUGGGCAGCACGGCUCAGUCGAAUGUCACCAAACGCUGUGAAUCAAUUAAUACCAUGGCCUCAUUUCUGUGGUGGAUAGUUGGCUUUUACUGGGUAGUUUCUGGUGGAGAUAUUCUUUUAGCUGAAGCGCCUCGUCUCUACUGGUUGGCUGUGGUAUUUCUGGCAUUUGACGUAUUCUUUGCCAUCUUUUGUGUUGUUUUGGCAUGUCUGAUUGGGAUUGCUCUUUGUUGCUGUCUACCAUGCAUUAUUGCAAUUCUUUAUGCUGUUGCUGGACAGGAGGGUGCAUCAGAGGCCGAUCUCAGUAUCCUUCCUAAAUACAAGUUUCAUAUAUUGAGCAAUGGUGAAAAAACUGUUGUUGGAGCUGGAAAGAUGGUUCCUGUUGAAACAACUAGCGGAUAUCUUGCAAAUGACAGAUUGCUUCUGCCUGAGGAUGCGGAGUGCUGUAUAUGUCUCACCUCGUAUGAGGAUGGAGCAGAGCUCCAUGCUCUCCCCUGCAACCACCAUUUCCAUUCGACAUGUAUUGUGAAAUGGCUCAAGAUGAAUGCAACCUGUCCUCUCUGCAAGUACAACAUUCUCAAAGGAAAUGAGCAGAUAUAAUGUUAGGGAAACAAAGAAAAAUCACAGAAGUGCUCAUGCUCGCCCCUCUCGGAUGGUCCUUAUGUAUAGAUAGAGAGCAUCAGAACCAGAGAUUUCCUCCUAACAUUUAUUUUAAAAUAAGUCAUGGCAAUCUGUUGAUUGAGCUUCGUUUUUGCGUGUUUUCUCUCAGCAUUGUUGGAGUUUCUUAUUGUUUGUAUUGGUUGCUGUGUAUUGUGAAGCUCCUAUGCAGAGAGUUUGAUUGAUGCUUCGCUCAUUGCUCGAGUUGCUUCCUUUGUAAAUUACUUGAAGAGGAAAUUGUGUAGUGCUGUACUGCUGAGACUGAUUCAUGACACUCCCUGUUUUUCUUU